AACGCUGAAAUGAUUAAUUUAGUGUCAUCGUAACUAAUAGAAACUUAGUCUUCAUCAGAUCAGACACAAUGCCAAAUUUUUGUGCCGCUCCGAACUGUACUAGGAAAAGCACCCAAUCCGAUUUAGCUUUCUUCAGGUUUCCACGGGAUCCAGAGAGAUGUAGGCUGUGGGUGGAGAACUGUCGGCGUGCAGAUCUGGAGGAGAAAACCCCUGAUCAACUGAACAAGCACUACCGACUGUGUGCUAAACACUUUGAACCAGCCAUGAUUUGCAAAACUAGUCCAUAUAGGACAGUACUAAGAGACACUGCUAUACCCACAAUUUUUGAUUUAACCAGUCAUCUAGGCAACCCCCACAGCAGACAUCGCAAACGCAUCAAAGUUUUGACAGAUGAAGAGGUACAGAAAAUCAAGGAAAGGCGAUUGGAGUCUUCAAUUGAACAACUCUCGAAAAAAGACAGUGAUGCUCAGGAUGACAGCGAGACCACCGAUGAUGUACCUCGGCUCACGCCAGAGCAGAAAGACCUAAGAGAGUUCUUAAAGUCUUCAUUUGAAGUCAUGAUUUUGAUAGGAAGGCAAAGCUUUCCAUUCAGCAGCAAUGCAAGAGAAGAUGAAAUGCGCUCUAGAGAGGAAUGGCUGUUUAAUCCAGGUAACUUUCAAGCAUUGCUUGAGAACCGCAUCAAUGCAGGCGAUGAGUUUCUCAGGAGGAGAUUUGAGUCAGCGGCCGUUAAUGAGGAAUAUUGUCCAGCCGUCCAGCAGAGACAGCUUCUGGAUGUUUGUGAGAAAUGCGUCCGUGAAGAGAUCCUUCAGCAGGUCAGGGAAUGCCGCUUUUUUUCGAUUGUCACCGGUGAGUUGGUGGACUUCCCAGAGGGAGAGCAUCUACCUAUAUUCCUGCGCUUCGUAGACCAAGACAACACUCUCCGGGAAGAGUUCAUCGAGUUCCUCUCAUUCGAAGGAGAGGAGGUCACUGUUGCUGAGAGAUUAGAGUCUCGCUUGAUGAAGGGUUGGGGCUUGAGUAUGGAGCACUGCCGAGGACAAGCCUACGCAGGAUCUGGUAUACUUGGCACCAAGAUGAAGGUCAUCACUGCCCAGCUAAAAGAAAAAUAUCCCAUGGCGGUGAUCACACCUACUUCCACCUGUGCUCUUAAUGUUCAUCUUGCUAACGGCAUGUCGUUGACCGGAGUGCAAGUCGUGAUGUCAGUUUUAAAGAAGUCAAAUGCUUUUUUCAGAGCAUCCCCUUUGCUACAGACUGAACUUGACAAUGCCAUCUCCAUCCUCUGCCAGGGAAACCUAGAAAAAGAAAGCAUCCUCAAAGAGGGCUCUCGAUCAACCUGGACAGAUCUUCAUAACCUGUUUGAGAUGGCUGUGGAUUUGUUGGAGCCACUUCUGCUCUGCAUGGACAGCAUACAUGAUAAUGAGGAUCUAAAAUGGAGUGACCAAGUCACCAGUGACGCUUACGCCAUUUCCGAGGCCUUGGCGGACUUUGAGUUUAUUGUGACGUUGGUUAUUUUAAAGAACGCAUUGUCUUUUACCAGAGCGUUUGGGAAGAACUUGCAAGGAGAAACCAUUGAUGUGUUUUUCGCCGCCAACAGUUUAACUGCAGUCCUGCAUUCGCUGCAUGAGGUAUCAGACAAUCUGGAGGUAUACCAUGAAUUCUGGUUCGAAGAGGCUGUCAAUAUGGCGACUGCAAUGGAAGUCCCGGUGAGAGUGCCAAGGUUGUUUCUUCGGAAGCAACAAACGCCGGACACUAUAGAAAUACAGGCAGAGUCGUUCUUUAAAGAGUACCUCACACAGCCAGUUAUGGAGUACAUCACGCAGGAGGUCAAGGACAUCUUCUCUGAAAAUCAUCUCAAAGCGCUCAAGUGCCUGUCUCUCGUUCCUGCUGUCAUGGGCCAAAUGAGGUUCAAUACCUCUGAGGAGAGCCACGCGGACAUUUACAGGACCGAUCUACCCCAUCCUGACACGCUGCCUGCUGAACUGCAUUGUUGGAGGAUAAAAUGGAAACACAGAGGCAAGGAAGUUAGCUUGCCGUCCACCAUUUACGAAACCCUUCAACACUCCGAUGUGAAGUUCUUCCCAAAUGUUAAUGCGUUUUUGAAAAUAUUAGCCACAUUACCUGUGCUGAAGCUUGAUGGGAGUCACGGUGAAACUGCACAAAGACGCUUACAAGCUUACCUUACAGACACUGCGGUCAGCCAGCGGUGUAAAAAUCUGGCGGUGCUAAAUAUCAAUUACCAUAUAAAGACAGAUCUUGAAGAAAUGGUCCAGUGUUAUUUAAAACGUUACCCAGAGGAAAGCAAGACUGAUUAACAGCUAAGAGAUAUAGGCUUCCCAAGUGCUGAAAACCCUUCAACUGGAAAUGUAUUAUGCAUUGGAAUUGUAUAAUGCAAAGUAUUUUGUUUUCAUCCUUACCUCCCCUGCUCCAAAAAAUAAAAUACUAUUUUUACAUUUGU